CGGAUUGGGAGGGGGAGUCGGUGGACAGAGCCUGCCAGGGUCUUGGAGGACCUGCUACCGAUCGACACGUUCUCCAAUUCAGUGACUCCACGGCUCUGCAAGGGAGGGUUGAGGUUAGAGUGAGCUCUCCGUGAUGUCUCCCUGCCAGGGCCAGCCGCCUCGCGGUCCCCCCACCCCGUACAGCAGUGGUGGCGCCGCGACCACGCCCUCGCGCGUCGGCCCUUCCCUCUGCUAGCACCCUUCGCAGGGCGCCAGCCCGGGUCCCGGCGUCAGGCAGCUACACUGCUGUGGUCUGUCACUGCGGAGGUCCCAGCCUUCGCGGGCCGGGGCCUCCGCCGCCCCGGCAGUACGGGGAGAAGGACCAUGGCGUCCUGCGUGGGGAGCCGUACUCUGAGCAAGGAUGAUGUGAACUACAGGAUGCAUUUCCGCAUGAUCAACGAGCAGCAAGUGGAGGACAUCACCAUAGACUUCUUCUAUCGGCCGCACACUAUCACCCUGCUCAGCUUCACCAUCAUCAGCCUCAUGUACUUCGCCUUCACCAGGGAUGACUCUGUUCCAGAAGACAACAUCUGGAGAGGCAUCCUCUCAGUGAUUUUCUUUUUUCUCAUCAUCAGCGUGUUAGCGUUCCCCAAUGGCCCAUUUACUCGACCUCAUCCAGCCUUAUGGAGAAUGGUUUUUGGCCUCAGUGUGCUGUACUUCCUCUUUUUGGUAUUUCUCCUUUUCCUGAACUUCGAGCAAGUUAAAUCCCUAAUGUAUUGGCUAGAUCCCAAUCUUCGAUAUGCCACAAGAGAAGCGGACAUCAUGGAGUAUGCUGUGAACUGCCACGUGAUCACCUGGGAGAGGAUCGUCAGUCACUUUGAUAUAUUUGCAUUUGGGCAUUUCUGGGGCUGGGCCAUGAAGGCCUUGUUGAUCCGUAGUUAUGGGCUCUGCUGGACAAUCAGCAUCACCUGGGAGCUGACAGAGCUUUUCUUCAUGCAUCUGCUGCCCAACUUUGCUGAGUGCUGGUGGGACCAGGUCAUUCUGGACAUCCUGUUGUGUAAUGGUGGUGGCAUCUGGCUGGGCAUGGUUGUUUGCCGAUUUUUGGAGAUGAGGACUUACCACUGGGCAAGCUUCAAGGACAUCCACACCACCACAGGGAAGAUCAAACGUGCUGUGCUGCAAUUCACCCCUGCUAGCUGGACUUACGUCAGGUGGUUUGACCCUAAGUCUUCCUUUCAGAGAGUGGCUGGGAUAUACCUAUUCAUGAUCAUCUGGCAGCUGACUGAGUUGAAUACCUUCUUCUUGAAGCACAUCUUUGUGUUCCAAGCCAGCCAUCCUUUAAGCUGGUGUAGAAUUCUCUUCAUCGGCUGCAUUACAGCUCCUACAGUGAGACAGUACUAUGCCUACCUCACUGACACGCAGUGCAAGCGCGUAGGGACACAGUGCUGGGUGUUUGGGGUCAUUGGUUUCUUGGAAGCUAUUGUUUGCAUAAAAUUUGGACAAGAUCUCUUCUCUAAGACCCAGAUACUCUACGUUGUAUUUUGGCUUCUUUGUGUGGCCUUCACCACGUUCCUGUGUCUGUACGGCAUGGUUUGGUAUGCAGAGCACUAUGGCCACCGGGAAAAGACCUACUCAGAGUGUGAAGAUGGUACUUACAGUCCAGAGAUCUCCUGGCAUCAUGGGAAAGGCUCAAAAGGUUCUGAAGACAGCCCACCCAAGCAUUCAAGCAACAAUGAAAGCCAUUCUUCCAGAAGAAGGAACCGGCAUUCCAAGUCCAAAGUCACCAAUGGAGUUGGAAAGAAAUGAAGGGACCUAGUUAAUCUCACAUGUUCCAGAGAGUGCCUAGACCUGAGAGGGCAACAAAACACACUCAGACCUUCCUAUGUGGAGAUCAAAAUGUACAGAACUUACACAAAGAACAGAAGGGACUUUGGGGAUCAUGAUUUGAGAGUGUAAGUCUUGUCUCCCAUUGCCCUGAACACACAUUAGACUGGCCAUGGCUUGGGGUACUUUGCCUACAGGAGGUGUCCUCUAACUUCAGCACAUGCCGUGUGGUUGCUGAUCUCUAUGCAGUGUGCUGGGAGGACAGGAUAGCUGUUUGCUCCUGGUUGCCAGCAAUGGCUCUAUGCUCAUGUGUCUUGUGGACGCUGUAUAAAUAACUUCGUUCAGAUGCCGACUUGACCAACUGGUUAAUGAACUGCUCACUGGGUUUUAUUUUUAUGAAUCUGCCUUUCCAUUUGACUGAUUAAGUUCACUUUGCUUUUUUAUCUUUUAUUUCAUAUUUUCUAGUUAGAAUGCUUAAAAGCUUCCAGAAUCCACUGCUGAAAUUGGGGUUCCUUCGAGAGAAAGGGUGAGGGAGCUUUUGUGUCCCUGCUUAGCAUAUUCAGUCCCUAGCCACAUGACAGAUGAUCAGCAGUCUAAGUUUGAAGGAGGCUGACUGCUUGCACUAGAGCCUGAGCUUCGGAUUGGAACACUGUCCAGCCCGAGUGUACAAAAGCGACCCUGCUGCAGGAGCUGGGGCACUGCGGCUCCUCUCCUGCCAGGUGCCUUUCCCGUGUGCUUGGUUUCCUUCCGUGGUGUGUUGCCUACUUUGUCUUUCUGUCUCAUGUGAGGUGCUAGUGAGUAUUAAUUAACUCUCAUCUGUGCCAUGCUCUCCUAGAACAUUCUCCCACCCUGGAUCCUUGUUUUAAAUAAAUCAGUUCACAUGAAAAACUUCUCAAA